AUGGCUUCUAUUGCCCCCGUCAUUGACAUCUCUGGCUACCUUGCCGGCGACAAUAGCCAAAUCCCCAAAAUCACGGCAGAGAUUGACCGUGCCUUUCGCACAACCGGCUUCUUCCAGCUCGUCGGCCAUGGAAUCCCUCAGUCUCAGAUUGACGGCAUGAUCCAGGCAACUGCCGACUUCUUCGCCCUGCCUGAUGAGACCAAGAGAAAGAUUCAUGGCAAGAUGCGAGGCUACCAGUCUCCCGAGCUCCGCGAAUCGCUCUCGUCAUUAGCGAAGGAGGGAUUUUUUAUUGGAAGACAUUUGCCUGGCAGAAACCGGCCUAUCGUGGAGGGCAAUCUCUGGCUAAAGGAGGAGGAGGCUCCUGGAUUCAGAAAAACCAUAGAAGAGUACUUUGCCGCCAUGGAGAAGCUGGCCGUGAUCUUGCUGCGACUCAUUGCGCUGGGUCUAGGACUGGAAGAGACCUUUUUUGAUAACUUUGCAAAACAACCCGAAGGUGCCGUACUCAUGCGAGUCCAUCGAUACCACCCUACUCUGCCCGAAGAGGGCGACGACGUGGUAGGCUUGGAGGCCCACGCGGAUACGUCUGGCGUUACCAUUCUAUACCAGGACGGCAUUGGCGGACUGCAAGUCAAGAAUGAACAGACUGGCGAAUUUGAGACAAUUGAGCCCGUCCGCGAUGCGUUCGUCAUCAAUCUGGGCAACAUGUUUGCCCGCUGGACCAACGACAACUACCUCGCCGCCGAGCACCGGGUUCUGCUGCCCACAGACAAGUUCCGCUACAGCGCCGCGUACUUUAUGGCCGGCUGGCUGGAUCAGGUGAUUGAAUGCCUACCACAGGUGCUCAAGGCCGGAGAGUCGCCCAAGUACGAGACGUGCACGGUGGAGGAGCUGGUGACGAACUUCAGGAAGGAGAUUUACGACAUCCACACGCCGGGCGCCACGGCAUAUGUUACCGUGGAGGAGUCGUAA